AUGACAUCGACCGCGACACUGAGCUUCGGCUCAUACGACUGGAUCUGCUCGCGAGCAGCCUUGAUCGUCUGUCCGCUUCUCGGCGCGACCCAUUACGGCAUCGAGCCGGUAUGUUACUCGCGCAAUGUCGAGUUUGGGAGGACACUAGUCUUCCAACCAGCCACCUCGUUCAUGCACAUCUGCGCCCUCGCCAUGGUCGUCAUCAUGAUCUUGCAUGUUCGAUCCAAGUACACCGCUGUCGGCCGGAAGGAGAUCCUCAUCUUUUUCUACAUCUACUUCCUCGAGGAGCUCCUCGCCAUCUUCCUCGACUCGGGCAUCAUCCCGCCUAGCUCGAACGUCUAUGCGUGGUUCGCGGCAGUUCACACCGGCCUGACGGCGGCGACCUACUGGUGCCUCCUCGUCAAUGGCUUCGUUGGCUUUCAGAUGGUCGAGGACGGCACCCCGCUGUCGCUUUGGACCCUGCAAGGAACGUCCGCCAUUGUCGGGCUCAUCGUCGGUCUUGUCGCGAUCGGCACCUUCAAGAACUCUGCCGGCCUCUCCUCCGCCAAGCCCACCGGUCUCUGGAUCCUCCAGUUCAUCUUCCCCCUCGCCUGUGUCGUCGUCUACAUCGUCGCGCAAUUCUUCCUCGUCCUCCGCACGCUCGACGACCGGUGGCCGAUCGGCGAUAUCCUUUUCGGCACCGCCUUCUGGGUCAUCGCGCAGGUCUUGCUGUUCGCGUUCAGCAACACCAUCUGCGACGCCGUCUCGCACUAUCUCGACGGAACCUUCUUCCACGCCCUGUGCAACCUCUUUGCUGUCAUGAUGACCUACAAGUACUGGGAUUCGCUCACGAAGGAAGACCUCGAGUUCUCCGUCUCAUCCAAGGAGAAGGCGUGGGAAGUCAAAGAGACACUCUUGCGCGAGGACGACGACGACUCGCCUUCCGGGUCCGGCUAUGGCGGAGGCGCAGGGUACGGACAGGGCGUUUACCCGCCUCAGAAAGGCGGCUACGGGCAGUACGGAUACUAG